AUGGAUGGUCGUCGGUUACCCCCACAUCACGGAUACCUCGUGUGCGAUCAUGAGUUGCUCGGCAAAGGUGUUGGUCAGAGCCUUGAUCUUACAGAAAGAGAAACUGUGAAAAUGAUAAUGACAAGGAGUAUGAGUCGGAGGAAGAGGAGAGAGAGUAACGUUGAUCAAGACAGGCUCAGUGACUUGCCUAGUGAAAUUCUGCUACAUAUAAUGUCAUUCAUGAUGAUCAAAGAUGCUGUUCGAACUUGCAUCUUAUCAAAGCGGUGGAAGGAUUUGUGGAAAUUUCUCCCUAAUUUUAAGUUGCAUGUCUCUGAAUUCAGCAACCCUUUUAAGUUUUUCGAUUUUGUGUCAGGGAUUGUGUCUCGACGUGAUGGAAACCAUUCCCUACACACUCUUGAUUUUCAUCGCCAUAGUAGUUGUCGAUAUCAGAUUCUGAAAAAUCUCAUGACAUAUGCUGUGAAUCAUCGUAUUCAGCAACUGAGAAUCUUUGUUCCAUCCAAUCUUUGUUUGCCACCUUGUGUCUAUUCUUCUUGGUCUUUAACAUCUCUUCAUAUUUCAGUUUCCAUGUAUGAUUUCAAAAGAAGAACCAGAAUCCCCAAGUCUCUCGAUCUUCCAUCCUUGUUAUGUUUGCAUCUUGUUUAUGUUGCAAUUUCGGCUGAUAAAAAUGGCAAUGCUGAACCCUUCUCGAACUGUAAAAAGUUGCACAAUCUGUACCUUGAUCAUUGUGUCGUGCUCUAUCCUAAUGCUCUUUUCUCUCAUAACUCAGAAAACCUCAAUAUAACCAACCCCAAACUUGUCAAUUUGAUGAUGGACUAUACUUAUAGAUUAGGCCACAAAACUGUGAUAUCUGCUCCUAAUCUAAGUUGUUUCACUUUAAAUGGUGCUCCUUUUCAGACAUUGCGUGGGCAGGAACGGGAGAAUCUGAAUGUUGAGAUUCAAUCUUCCUCAUUAACAUAA